GGGAAAGACAGGACGUAGGCAAACAGGAGUUUAGUUUAAGGUGACAUUUAACAUGGCGGCGCCCUGUGCUGCACUCGGUCGUGCUUGUGUGCGGCGAUUCUUUUGGAAGGAGGUGGCUAAUAGCGGCGCCCUUGUGUGUUUCAGCACAAGAAGAAAUUAUGCCGUGAAGGUGUCUGUCACCGGGGAAAAGAUCACCCACACUGGCCAGGUUUUUGAUGAGCAUGACUACAGAAAAGUAAGAUUUACUGGACGACAGAAGGAGGUUAACGAGCAGUUUGCCAUUAACUUGAUUGCGGAGCAGCCGGUGAAUGAAUCUGGUAGCAGAAUUGUCUCCUGUGAUGGGGGUGGUGGAGCUUUGGGCCAUCCAAAAGUCUAUAUCAAUUUAGACAAAGAAACAAAAACUGGAACCUGUGGAUACUGUGGGCUUCAAUUUAAACAGAAGCAUCAUCACUAAACUAAGAAUUGAAUGUGUCUUGUGUUAAAACUAUAACCAAUAAACAUAUUUAAUCGUCAA